CCGGGCUCCACCACAGAUUUCUAUCUGAGCAGAGACAUGGCCAACUUUCAUUUGUACCUCGCCAGCUGUGCGCUGCUGCUGACGCUCGGGUGGCGCACAUCCACAGGACUCCCGCUGAGGACAGACAAUUGCGCACAGUGCGCACUGCUCUUCAAGGGCCUUCUGCUGAACAUCACGGAGCUUCUGGACAACGAUAUUUUGUGUUAUGGCAUCACAUCGGAUAAGGUGGUGGUGAGGAGUAAAGCUGAGACUUCACUCGCCUGCGCACCCACUCUCACUCAGAACUCAAGCUGCAUGAUGCAAAGAAAUUCGCCCUUUAGUGAGAGUGAAUGUUUGAUGAACAUCAUGAAGGACUUGGUUUACUAUGACGCUGCUAUUAGUUCUUACCUCAAGUCCCCACUCAGAAGUCCAGAAGAAGAAGUUGCACUUCUGAGCCCAACUCUGGGAAUAAUAAAGAGCUUGAAGAACUGCUCCCUGAUGCCGAAUGAAGAGAAUGACACCUCAGAGGAGGACGUUGCUCAGAUGUGGGGGAGCGACACCUACACUAACAGACAGGAGAUGUGCAAGAUGAUGAGAGGCUUCUAUGUCCGAACGAUCACCAUCAACCGAGCUGUGGGCUACAUCGCCUCAGGAGACCACAGGAAGUAAUCAACCUGCAGCCUCAUCAUCAUCACCAUCAUUCCAAUCAGUGCCACAGAAUCUCCUUUAAAUCAUUGCAACUUUGCAAAAUCUUCUUGAUCAUUCACUACCAUCACUUGUACCUACAACUACUGACCAAAUAGUUCGUCACACUGUACAUGAUGCACCACUGUCAGCAUGGUUAUUGCUCAGACAUAAACUAAGCUGACUUGAUGCCAGUCUCAUCACCCAGUGAGAGCUGAAAGAGUCAACCUCUUGCCAAGUUUAGCAGUGGAGGCCAUGUUGGCCUUUUUAUACAUAUGAAUGUAAUCCAAUAUUUGGGGUAAUGUAUCUAUUUAUGAAUAUAUUUAUUAAUUCUAUUUAUUUGAUGGCCUGUGAUGUUAUUUAUUGAAAUUGAAUAAUAAAGUAUUUUUUUGGUAUCAAGCUCUGGAGUUGAAGUUUUUUUGUGUGUAUGAAACAGGAACUGACACUGUUCAAAUGAGAAUGGCUCUCAGCAGAGUUCAUAUCUCCACCAAGUCCCCUAAUGAUACUACAUUUAAAUUCACCACAUCCUCAUUGUUUAUUUGAUCUGCACCAAACUGCACACACUCAUAAAUGAGUCCCUUGAACAUGUCUG